CAAGCAAUUUGACCAAGAGCCGACUGAAUUGAGCGACCUUUUCCAUACAAGCAACUCACAGCUGCGGCGGCUUACACACACAUUCAAGCAGCGCUUGAGCGACUCCUAUGGAAACCGAUGACAACCUUGGUGCUCAAUCAUUCUCUCUCGUUCUUUUAUCAGUUUUAUUCUUUCUGGCACAACUGGCGCACGCACCAUUUUGAAAAAUUCGUUUGACAGCAGCUCGAAGCAACACAAAUAUAUUUAUUUUUCACCGUGAUCAGUUAAUUUUGGAAAAAACUAAAACUUUACGAUGGCAGCACAGCGUGAUAAAAAGACUGGUUCCUCGUAUCGGAAGCGUGAUAGCUUGUUGAAGCAAUAUGCAAGGGAAUGGGACAUGGAUAUGGAGGAAGCAGGAUGUAGCUACCAAUAUUCGGCACCGACUGGUAAAAAGCUUGUGUAGACGGACCGUGGUGGACUGAUGCUAAUAUUACUAACCAAAAAUUCUUACAGCAACACCAGAGCCACUUGCUCAAUCCGCUGCUCCAGUGAUUGAGCAUGAUAUUCCAUUGUCGGGGGAUGAAUUAGCUGCACACUGUUCUGAUAGUGAUGCGUCUUUUUCGGACCCUGAGGAUAAUAAUGCAACGGAAUUUGACGAUGGAGAUGACGAAGGUGACCAACCUUUCCUUACCGACGAUUUGUCCUUCAAGGAUGCUCUUCGCGUAUGGGUGUUGGAGGCCAACAUUUCGCAUCGCCGCACAAAUGUGUUGCUAGAUUUGCUUCGCAAACACAACCAUCCUGAGCUGCCGAGGGAUGCAAGAACUUUUUUAGAGACUCCCUCAGCGAAUACCACACGGAGUCUGGUCUCUACUAUCUCGGGUGGUCAAUUAUGGUAUCAGGGGAUUGCUAGCAGCCUUAAAUCGUACUUUAGACUUGUGACACCGGACGUCAAUGAAAUGGAGCUAAUUUUCUUUGUGGAUGGGCUACCACUUCACAGAAGUGGUUUAACUCAGUUUUGGCCCAUCCUGAUGAGAAUUCAUGACAUGCCAAAUGUACCGGUAAUGACGGUGGCAAUUUUUUGUGGGGAAAGUAAGCCGGGAAGCCUUCAAGGUUACUUGCAACCAUUUGUCACGGAACUAAACUACUUGCAAGCCAAUGGACUACUGAUAAACGGUCGCCCAUAUAAAAUAUGGUUCCGGGCCAUGAUAGCAGAUACACCAGCUCGAGCUUACAUCAAAGGUGUUAAAUCAUUUAACGCUCGUUACGGGUGCAUUAAAUGCAAGACCCGUACCACAAAGGAUCCAACAACGAAACGCACCUACUACGGGCAGUUUGGUGCUGCGCGACGGACCCAUGAAGAGUUCUGUAAUGGUGCAUACGUCGACCAUUGCAAAACCACUACACCUUUGGUUAAGCUAGACAAUUGCGACAUUAUCAAAGAUAUAAUUACCUCAGAACCUCUGCAUGUACGAGAUCACGGAGUUACGCGCAGACUAAUGCUAAAUUGGACUGAAGGAAUAUUUGGAACGAGUCGUAGGUGGACGGAACCGAUACGCGAAGCAGUUUCCAACGAGAUUCGGGAACUGCUUCUGCCGUCAGAGUUUCAACGAAGUGUGCGGAGCCUUAAAUAUUUACGCUUUUGGAAAGGGUUGGAGUACAACUACUUCUUGCACAACAUUAGCUUGAUUGUCCUUAAGGGAAGAAUAAGCGAUGUUGAGUAUAACCAUUUCAUGCUGUACUUCUGUGGCAUGACUCUGUUCAGCUCAGCUGAAUACGAAGAUGAUUGGCCAAUGGCAGAUCAGAUGUUGCGAAAAUUUGUUUUCGAUUUUGCCACCGUUUAUGGCGUCACGUUUUUGUCUAGUAAUGUCCAUUACCUGUUGCAUGUUUACGAAGAUGUUGUUCGGUUUGGACCACUACACAACAUUUCUGCCUACAAAUUUGAAAGCCAUCUUCAAGAGCCCAAAAAUUUACUACGAAACGGUAGAAAUUGUUUAGCACAAGCUGUGAACAGGUUAACCGAGCUGCAACACAUUAACUACGCACGGCCCUCUAACGAGCCUUCGUUUCCGUACAUAGUCAACAAAGGAAAUGAUGUUACUGCUUAUGUGAUGGCUAAUUGCACAUUAAAAAAUGAUAAAAAAAAUGCUGGUUUAUGUUGAAAAAUAAGAAUAUAGGAAUGUACAGCACAGCAUCACGCGAACAGGGUUCGAUUGUUGUACAUUGCCAUCUAUUUAGUGAAACCAGUGAACAGUUUGACUAUCCAUGCUCUUCAUACAUAAUGAAUAUACGGAGAGCAAACAUGUUACAUUUAGACCUUUCAUCGUUGGUACGUAUACCAAUUGAAGAGGUAAAGUUCAAACUUGUUGCGGUAAAAACCAAAACAGUUGAAAUUUACAUGUUCGUUCCGGUGCCUCAUAGUAUGGCGUAAAAUAUAUUUUUUUUCUCAACACUAAAAAGAGAAGCAUAAGGUAUUCCAUGUUCAAAAUUCAUAAUAUAUUUCGUUGCAUAUUACCGUCUAAA